CCUCCGGGGACUUGGCAUUAUAAUUAUAUAGGAAGCAGAGCAGUCUGCCGUCUGUUAGAGGGCAGCAAGGCUGAGGACUGCUCACCAUGAACAGCUGCUGAUACCAUGGAUGUGGACCUCUGUUUCUAAAACUCUUUAGGAGAGCAAGAAGAGAAAGCAGGCAUGUCAGAGAAGAAGCCACGGGGAGCAGACACGCGUCCCAAAUCUGGCCUCCGCAGCUGGAGCGCAGACAGUUACAUCUGGCGAGGGAAGAAGCGCUCCCGGAGCUCUAGGAACGGUUCUAGUCCCAGUGGAAUGGAGACGGACAGUUCGGAGGAACUGGGCGUGCGCUCCACAUCCUGUUCGAGGAGGCGCAGAGAGAGGAAGUGCAGCUGCAGUGCUCUUGGGGAUGCACUGACGGUUGGAGACAUCGAUGGGGUGUGUAGGAAGGCCCUGUCCCGGCGGUCUCUCCGGCAGAAGUUUCAGGAUGCUGUGGGUCAGUGUUUUCCCCUGCGCUCCCACCAUCAUCACCAUCACCACUACCACCAUGCUGGAGGCUCCUCACGCCCCUUUUCUGUGCUCUUCUGGUCCAAAAGAAAGAUCCAUGUCUCAGAACUCAUGCAGGAGAAAUGCCCAUUCUCUCCUAAGUCUGAAUUGGCAAAAUGUUGGCAUCUUAUUAAAAACCAGGUAGCUCAUCCAAGUUCUCUGAAAGACAUGGAGACUCCUCUAAAAGCGUCCAGCAUUUCAUCUUCCACCUCCCCACCACAAACACCCCUCUCCUGGGAGGACAUCUGCUGCUCCCCUGGGCCAGGCGGUGCCCCUCUGGAGGACUGGGAUCCUUCCUCUCACCAUAGGGGUGCAGAUGGGACCUGUAGCAACACUGACUACAUCCUGGUCCCUGAUCUCCUCCAGAUCAACAACAACCCAUGCUACUGGGGGGUGUUAAACCGCUUCGAGGCCGAGGAGCUUCUGGAGGGCCAACCUGAGGGGACGUUUCUGCUCAGGGACUCGGCCCAAGAUGAGUUCCUUUUCUCAGUCAGCUUUCGUCGCUACAGUCGCUCCCUGCAUGCACGCAUUGAGCAGAACGGCAAGCGUUUCAGCUUUGACGUGCGUGACCCUUGCAUGUACAGGGAUCCCAGCGUGACGGGUCUGCUGAGGCACUACAGCGACCCAGCUACCUGCCUCUUCUUCGAGCCCCUGCUCUCCAGACCACUGCCAAGGACCUUCCCCUUCCCUCUCCAGCACCUGUGCAGGGCAGUGAUCUGCAGCUGCACUACCUACCAGGGCGUAGAGAGCCUGCCGCUGCCGCCUCAGCUUAGGGAGUACCUCAGACAGUAUCACAUUAAGUGUGACAGGGCCUGUGCAGUGUCUACACCCACAGCAGCUGGGAUGCAGGAUCUACACUGACACUUUCUUACAGAUCUCAGUUCUGAGGGACAUUUUGGACCUUCUAUCACCAUUUCCAACUAAGCAAGGUUCUAUAAUGUCACUUUGCUAAUGAAAAAACUACUGUACAGCUGAUAUAAUAUGCUGAAUUAACUUUGAUUCUGUAAAUAAAACCAAGAGAAAGCCACUUUAAUAGACUUUAGAGAAUUACAAAAGUGUUCCUAACUUGUUAACUGUUAAACAUAUUGUCAUUUUACAACCACAAACUUCGAAACAUCUGACUUCCCUCGAUAGGGCAAAACAAAAACAUGUAUUAUAUGUAAAGGAAAACAGACAAUAAACUUUUUUUAAAAGCAUUGUCUUACCAAAGAAAUCUUAAAAGUGCCGUAUACAUGUUUUAGCCCCCUCUACUCUUGAACCUCUAAAUUGAAUAUGAAGGUUAACUUUAGAUCAGCUGCUCUGUAAAGACGUCACAGACAUUCACCAAAACAUAACCGUCCACCAAAAACUGCAGGUCAGGAAAGGAGCAGAGAUGGUAGGUCUAGUAAAGCUGCAGGAACCCAUAGCUCAGUUUGGAAAAACUGUAGUCAGAAAUUGUGUUAGUCAAGAUCUUUACAAAUAUAGAGUAUCGGUGAGUGCCAAGCUGAGAGUCCAUAUCUAAAGUAAACAACAAGAAGUCUUGUGGAAGGUUUAACAAAGGUAAACAUGAGGUAGAAGCUCUGUUCAGGACCAUAAAUCUUAAAGUUAUUGGCUUGCCUGCAAAAUGGUAAAUGUUACAGUAAACUGACACUGUACACUGAUCAUGGUGAAACAUGAUGGUGACAGCAUCAUGUUGUGGGGAGGGGGCAGAAAGGACAGAUAUUAAGGAACUAAAGAGGCUGAAGAAACUUAAGGCUGUGGGGCAGACUUCCUUCAGACAUAACAUCAAUAUUAAACCUCCACUAGGAGCAGCAAUAGAGAUCAGAGGUGGGCAACCUCAGUCAUGAGCUGUUGUCUGCAUAUCUAUGUUUUAAAUCCAUCCUGGUCUGAUCACAUGGAUGACUCAUUAUAGGCCUGUCUUUAGCUUCAGGUGUAUGUUAUCCGUCUCAGACCAUAUUAAAACCUGCAGGACCAGACUCUCAAGGUGAUGAGUAGGUGUGAUGUCACUAUUUUUUGCACCAUUGGCCAAAAUUCCCAAGUUGAAAAAACUUUGUAGCAAUGUAUUGUUGCUGUUUUUUAAUAAAAAAAAUAAUGAUUUUUCUGUAAAUUCUCUCUUUUUAUUUUUAAAAAUUUGAAAUGUUUUAUAAAAGAAACUCAAUAAGAACAAACUAUUAUCCAAAAUCAGGUUUAAAAGGUUUCACCUAAUAAAAAAAGUCAACAGUUUCAUUACUUUUUGGUUGAAAUAAUUCAUAUUUUGGGAAGCUACAAAAAGUUUUAGUCUGUUGAUAGCAAAAAAAAAAAAAAAAAAACAGCUGAGAACUCUCAUCACAGAGCCCUUCAUGUUUUUAGCCAUAUUUAAUAAAGUGAUAUCAGGGCAGAAAAAUAUGGCUGCCAAAUAAAACAAAAAUACCUUUUCAGAGAGGAAAAUCAGAGGAAAAUCUAGACUUGUUAUUCAAAUUUGGGUCUAAUGUAGAUUCUGUUUUGUUUUUUUUGCAAAGAUGAAUGGACAAAGUUUUCUGGAUGUACAACGGUAAAACAGACAUAUCCCAAAACUAAAUUACACUGUAAUUAAAAGUAAAAGUUAAUAUUUUAGUUGUUUAACAAAAAAAAAGUGAGAACCAUGUGUCCUUUUCUUUUCAGUGGAAAAUUGUUUGCUCUUUUUUCUGUUUAUUUUUUUGCAUGAUUUUAAUGUGUAAAAUUUUGGAAAACAUCAUUGUGUACGAAUAAUUUUAUAAAUGAUUGUUUCUGAUUUUUAGUUUUGUAGCAUCCCCCAAAUCACACAUGCCUUAUUCUAACUGCACCUUUCCUCAUACCUUCUACUAUGAACAGCUCCAAGAAUGUUAAAUAGUUGAAAGUUUAACCUUUUUAUUAAAAGCUUCAAACCAAACCCGUUCAAAUUUCUCGUACAGACUGAAGAGACUGAGUUUGGACCCUAUUAUUUCAUAAUAAGGGACGAGUUAUGAUCUUUUUUGACAUAACUGACAUGAAGUCAAGUGGUGUGUUCUCAUUUGACCACAAGAUGGCGCCAAAGGUUUCUGUAACAUGAGAAUUUAAGGGUUUGUUUCUACACUGUGACACAAUGUAAUGAAAGGUAUUCUCUAAAAGCAGUUUAUACAUAGUUUUAAUUGUGUGUAAACUGCAAUGACGACCUCCUUUGGUACAUAUUGCUGUAAAUUCAUUGAUAAGCAAAUCAAUAAAUGAUGUUUCCGUAGUUUUGCUACUUUCUAAUAUUGUUUUCUCACCUGAGGAAUGUUUAUGCAACAUAUAAA